AUGGAGAUGAGGGUGAAGAUAAUUAAAGCAGUUGAUAAUUCACAUUUAGAAUCACUAAAAUUUUUUCAUGGAGAAGAAUCGAAGAAUUGUUUUGGAAUUAAUCAGAAUAAUACAAUGGAAGGGUUUGACUCGGAUUUGUGGGACAAGAAAUAG